AUGGCAUCCACACCACCCCCAACCAGCACCACUCCACCAAAACGCAAGCGCGGCCGCCCGCCUCUCUCACCCUCCCAGCGCAAGCCCAAGCCUGUGCCCUCCGGCCGGCCCCGCGGUCGUCCCAAGGGCAGCGGCACCAAAACCAAGACCACCACCACCAGCACCACCAUCAGUGGUACAGCCCGUACCAACGCCGGCAUCAAGAAAGCCCAGUCCACUGACCCAACCGCAGCCGUGGACACCCCUCUCCGCCGGGGCCGUGGACGGCCGCGCAAGUCGGAUGGUCCUGCCGCUGCUGCUGCUGCUUCGCCGGCUGUGUCUACGCCUGGUGGUGGUGGUGGUGGUACUGCUGGUGGUGGUGGAGACACGUCGGCGGUAGCAACACCGGCGGGCCAGGUGAAGAAAGGUCGGGGUCGGCCGAAGGGGUCGGGGAAGAAGAAGUCGCUUGGUCCGACUACGCCUGCGAAGGGGGGACCGGGACGGCCGAGGAAGGUUGCUGCGGCUGUUGAGCCGGAGGGGGAUGAUGAUGAGGAGGAGGGGGAGGAGGAGGAGGGCGUGGAUGGGAGCGAGUAG